AUGAGCAACAACGACAACCAUGACGACAAUCUACAACUAUUCGACUGGCUAUUGACGAAUCCAAUGGUGGACAUGACGACGACGACCUUGCCGGUCAACAAUGUUCCAGUGAAUGAAGCUCUUGGAAACGUCAACUCCUUUCAAGCCUUGUUCGAUAGUCCUUUACCUCAAGCCAUGUCUUUAUCUCCACUUCAAGUCAUUCCUCCUCAACAGCAAACAACGAAUGGAUUAACGAUGAAUGCCCUGACACAAUCUACCUUCAAUACGCCACCAUCAACCACUAUUCCAGCCAUUCAUAAUACGUCUUGUAACCAAUCGAUGUCAUCAGCAAGUCCUGAUGGAAGAGGCAGCAGUAACAGUGGGGGAAGUUUGUCCGAAGAACAUGUACAACAAGGCCAUGAUGAAAAGGCAUCUGAUAAACGACAACAAGAAGACCAGGAUGAUCAUCCAUCAGAAUCCGAGCUCAAGAAGAUGACUUCAAAGGAAAGGAGACAGCUACGAAACAAGAUCUCCGCACGAAAGUUUAGGAGUCGUAAGAAAGAAUACGUUACUACAUUGGAGAAUGAUUUGCAACACCAAAAGCAUGAGAACGAGCGAUUGAAUCUUGAGGUGUCGUUUAUCCGUGCGAAUGCUGACAAGUUACAAAAAGAGAGAGAUGACCUGAAGCUUCAACUUGCAUUGUGCCGAGAAAAGAACAGAGAACUUAUGCGAAGACUUGACAAGGGAGGAUCAUCAUCAGCAUCGAGACCACCAGAGAAGAACAAUGACGACAAUCGAACGUCAUCAUCACCAUCAUCGUCAUCCAGUGGACCUAAUGCACCAAAUACAUCACAUCAAAACACCAAUUCAUUGUCUGAGAACAACAAGAUGCAUUCUUUGGAAAAGUCGUUACCUAUUGAAGCUGCUGUUACCAACGCCACCAACAUUGCUCCACCUUCACCUCCAUCAUCACCCCAACAUCAUACACAUCCCUCAUCAAAACCAUAUCAACGAGAUAUCAUCGUGCAUAACGAAAACGACAACAACAAUAACAUAUCAUCACUACGCAGCAAUCCAUCCUUGGUGGCAGCUCUGAUAUGGACGUUGCUAGGUUACAGCAUGACUAUAUUAGCAUCUCAAGAUAAUGCUUACUACGACCGAUCACUACCGCCAGCACCUUCAUCAAUAGAAGAUACCAUUCGAUCAGAGACAAAGUAUUCAAGAAUGCAUUCGAAAUCCAAUAUGAGAAGACCUGGAUCGAUGACGGGAUCAAAGCGGCUCAUGGGGAAGGAUCAACAAGAACGACAAUGUACAAUUUUGGAGCCAUCUUCAGCGAUUCAUCCACGUUUAGUCCACAACCAUCAAAGCAUAUAUCAACAUUCGCAUCAUGCAUAUACAAGAAGCUCAAGUUUAGUGACAUGA